UCUAUUAGCUAUUGUACUUUUCAAAAUGGACCCAAACUGGGAAACGUACCUGCGACACCAACUUCCUUCAGUCGUGCAAGUACUGCGACCCAAGAUGCUUGCAGAUCGUCUAUACGCUGAUCGUCUACUCAACAAGACAGAGUACGAAGAUUUGACGCAUAGCGCCGACUCUCAGGAAAACAAAGCUCGCAGAAUGCUGCUGAUGUUGCAAAGACGUGGUCCCGGUUCUUUCGACCAGUUUUGCGACGUUCUUCAGCAAGUCGACGGACAGAAGUUCAUCGAGGAAAUGCUACGGCCGUACAUAGACAGGUCACGUGAUUCAGUUUUAUCUGAACCUGCCAGGCCAUCUCCAGCUGUUGUGGAAAGAGAAGACAGACAUGAAGAGGAUGAGCAAGUUGCAAGUCCUGCGGAAAGUAUGCACGAAAGUAUAACGGGCAGUGCGGGGCAUUUGGCCAUUGUUGUGGAAGGUUCUGUGUCAGCAGAAGUCAAUAAACAAAUCAUGGAGACUGUUCAGCAUGUUGCUGAGUACGAAGGGAAGAAGUAUGACACAAAAUUGAAGGCUGUUUCAAAAAGAGGCUCUGCUGGCACAGUAGCUGUUGUUUAUCGAAGUGCAAAAGAGGACUCUCACACUCAACAAACUUCAUCAAAUUCAUCACUCGGCUCAAAUGAUAGUGAGAACAUUGCGUCUCGAGUAGUUUCAAAUCAAUUGGGUUGUCAAGAAUUUGGAAAUGGCAGUGAAAUGUCUUCAGGAUCAGUCAACUACUGUAAACCUUUUCAGGCAUCCAGUGAUGGUCAAUCACUUGACUUCCGACACAUGUUCAGCAGUCGUUCGUUAUACAGAGGACCAGGAGCAACGGAAAGCCUCGGCUCGGAAUGUAUGGCUGUCGGUGGUAACAUUCAAGACCAACGAUUGCAGCUUAACCCAGAGCAAGUGACAGGUCAGCUUCACUCACCAUGUCAAACUAAAGUAACUAAACAGCUGAUAACUGUUGUUGCACAUAUUGGUCGUGUGUUAUGGAGACAACUUGGCGAGGCUCUUGGCUUUAGUUCAGCUGAUCUUGAUCAAUACAUGGGAUAUAAAGAUGAAGAUAGAGCACGUCGUGUUGUCACAGACUGGAUAGCAAAGGAAGGUCUUAUGGCAACUAAAGAUCAUCUGAUGAGAGCUUGUGAGAAGAUCGGAAUUGAUGUUGCAGUGGAAGUGGAACUAGAAGCUGAACAGCAUCAAAACUAAUUUGGUGAUAUGUAUAGAAAUAUUUGUAAUUUUACAGAAUUAAAUUUGUAGAAAUGCUUUGUAAUCAGAUUUUUGAUGUAGGAAAAACAAAGCGACAGUUUUCA